AUGGACCAACUUCCCUCAGAUUCAGCAUCAGAACAAGACAAGAAACCGCCAUCAAAAGAGAGAGAGAGAGAGAGAAUGGAUCAUAUUGGAAUAAGGAAGGAUUAUGAUGAAGAGAGCAUGGGAGAAACUACUGUAGACUGGAGAGGCAGACCCUCCAAUCCUAUCAAGCACGGUGGAAUGAGAGCUGCUGCUUUUGUUCUUGGGCUUCAAGCAUUUGAAAUAAUGGGAAUAGCUGCAGUGGGAAACAACCUCAUAACUUAUGUGAUCAAUGAGAUGCACUUCUCUUUGUCUGAGUCAGCAAACAUAGUGACUAACUUUGUUGGAACUAUCUUUCUGCUGGCUCUCCUUGGUGGAUUUCUUUCAGACUCUUAUCUUGGGAGCUUCUGGACCAUCCUCAUCUUUGGCUUUGUGGAACUUUCUGGUUUCAUAUUGCUCUCAGUCCAAGCUCAUGUUCCUCAAUUGAAGCCAGCACCAUGCAAUAUGUUCAGUGAUGGAGAACAUUGCACAGAAGCAAAGGGAUUCAAGGCCUUGAUAUUCUUUUUAUCAAUAUACUUGGUGGCAUUAGGGAGUGGCUGUGUCAAGCCUAACAUGAUUGCUCAUGGAGGUGACCAAUUCAAUCAAGAGAACCCCAAGCAAUUAAAGAAGCUCUCCACUUACUUCAAUGCCGCAUAUUUUGCAUUCUCAGUGGGAGAGCUUGUUGCUCUAACAAUUCUUGUUUGGGUUCAAACUCAUUCGGGAAUGGAUGCGGGCUUUGGGGUAUCAGCAGCUGCCAUGGCAAUGGGAUUGAUAAGUUUGAUAUGUGGCACUCUAUAUUACAGGAACAAGCCCCCACAAGGAAGCAUUUUUACCCCCAUUGCUCAAGUUUUCGUGGCUGCAAUAUUGAAAAGAAAGCAAAUAUGUCCAUCUAACCCACAAAUGCUUCAUGGAAGUCAAAACAAUGUUGGUCGGCAACACACCAAUAAGUUUAGGUUCUUGGACAAGGCUUGUAUCAGAGUGGAAGAGGGGACUAACACAAAGGAAAGCCCGUGGAGAUUGUGUUCUGUUGAGCAAGUUGAGCAAGCGAAGAUAUUACUAUCAGUUAUUCCAAUUUUUGGUUGCACUAUAGUUUUCAACACAAUCUUAGCACAACUACAAACAUUCUCAGUCCAACAAGGGAGUGCCAUGGACACCCAUCUCACAAAAUCCUUUCAAAUCCCUCCUGCAUCGCUUCAAUCUGUUCCAUAUAUUUUGCUCAUUGUUGUGGUCCCUCUUUAUGAUAGAUUCUUUGUCCCCUUUGCCAGAAAAAUCACAGGUCAUGAGUCUGGAAUCUCACCUUUGCAGCGAAUAGGCUUUGGCCUCUUUCUAGCUACAUUUUCUAUGGUUUCAGCUGCCCUUGUGGAGAAAAAGAGAAGGGAUGAAGCUUUGAACCUCAACAAAACUUUAUCCAUUUUUUGGAUUACCCCACAAUUCUUAAUUUUUGGUUUGUCAGAGAUGUUUACAGCUGUUGGCCUCAUCGAGUUCUUCUACAAGCAGUCUUUGAAAGGGAUGCAGACAUUCUUAACAGCCAUCACGUAUUGCUCAUACUCAUUUGGAUUUUAUUUCAGCUCUGUAUUGGUUUCUUUGGUCAAUAAGAUCACUUGUACUUCUUCAACUGGUGGUUGGCUCCAUUACAACAAUCUCAACAAAGACAAGCUUGACCUUUUCUAUUGGUUACUAGCUGCCCUUAGCUUCCUCAACUUCCUCAACUAUCUCUUUUGGUCCAGUUGGUAUUCUUACCAUCCAUCCCUCUCAACCAUAUCCCAACCUCAUCAUACUAAUGCCAUGGAAAACAAUCAAUGCACCCACACCUUUAAACACUAUGCAGACAACAAUAUUCCAUAG